CUGCCAUGAGAUUAACUGUUGCUGAGUAGUGUUUUCCUUCAGUACAUACAAGAAAUAUGGAGGAGGGGGGAGUAAUUUUUUAUUUUAAUUAUUACUUUUCAUGAACAAAUUACAUUUUUCAGAAUUUUAACAACAGAUUAACACUUUAGGUACAGCAUGUUGUAAACAGGGACGCUCAUUUAAGGAUGUUAUAUUGUCAUAGUUGAAUUUAAAAUCGGUAUUUCUGGACGCCAUUUACAUUUACGAAAGACAAUACAGCUCAGGCGAAAUGUAAUAUUUAAUGUGGGGCCGGGACCAAUGUGUCGAGGGAGGCCCCGAGGGCGCACAAUUUAAGCUGGAAAGACAAUGACCUUGAGUGAGCGCCUCCUUAAAACGGGCGGACCCCGGUGCUUCCCUCUCCCCAACCCUUAGGGCCUGGCCCUUCUUUUAGAGGAAAUCAAGAGCACGGAGGACAUUUGGGGUCAGGACACUUUCCAAGUCUCACACGCAGUUAAGCCAGUCACUCCACCCAAACCCCUCGCGGUUGCACAGUGGGAAUUUGAUCAACAGAAAUCGCCAAGUCAAACAUUGUCAUAUCAAGUUGCGUUCUGACGUGACAGGUAUUGCCCCUGAAGUGAGGGGAGCCACCAAAAACAACACAAAACACCCGUCCACCAGCGCCGGGUGCUGGCCGACUUUCCCUUAACAGAGGGGUACCUGCCUUCCCUCGGGAAACUCAGAGUGCAAGUAGCUCGUUAAGGUGUCAAAAGCGUAAAACCAGCACUCCGCGCCAAACAAUAACAACCGCCGCCCCCUGCUACAAGCGCCAAGGGUCAACUUCGCCGCCAGCAGCACCCGCCCGGGCUACAGGACGCUGCGCCCUCGCCGAUCGCCGGUUUCGGGAGGCGCCAUUCGGGUCCUCAAGCUGUGGCAGUCCGUGCUCUGCUGCCACAGAGGGAGGGGAACCCCGUCCGCCCUCGUAGGACUCAUUGGCCACUAUACUGAGAAAGUCCGACUGUUGCAAAAGGAGCAGACAGGCAGAUCCGCGGACAGCCCGCAUGCUCGAGGACCCCGGCGGCGGCGCGGCCCGGCGGGAAGGGGGAAAUUUCAAAGCUGAUUUGUGGACCUGGUUGCUGCAGCUCCGGCGAGAUGAAGCUGCACUGUGAGGUGGAGGUGGUCAGUCGGCACUUACCGGCCUUGGGGUUGAGGAACAGGGGUAAGGGCGUCCGGGCGGUGUUGAGCCUCUCUCAGCAGACGCCCAAAAAUCCACCGCGGCCUCCGGCGGGGGGCGAGCGGGGCGGCCAGCACCCCGCCUGCCUGCUCAUCUCCACCCUGAAGGACAAGCGCGGGACCCGCUAUGAGCAGCUAAAGGAGAAUAUUGAGCAGUUCUUCACUAAAUUUGUGGAUGAGGGGAAAGCCACUGUUCGGUUGAAGACGCCUCCUGUGGAUAUCUGUCUAAGUAAGGCCAAUUCCAGCAGUUUAAAGGGUUUCCUUUCAGCUUUGAGACUGCUUCAUAGAGGCUGUGAUGUUGAGGCACCGCUCUCAACCCUCACACCAGUGAAGACUAAAGAAUUUGAAAAAUUCAAAACUAAAAUGGUUAUCACAUCCAAAAAGGACUAUCCUCUAAGCAAGAACUUCCCAUAUUAUCUGGAACAUCUUCAGACUUCUUAUUGUGGGCUUGUCCGAGUUGAUAUGCGUAUGCUUUGCUUAAAAAACCUUAGGAAAUUAGACUUGAGUCACAACCAUAUAAAAAAACUUCCAGCUACAAUUGGAGACCUCAUCCACCUUCAAGAACUUAACCUGAGUGACAAUCACUUGGAGUCAUUUAGUGUAGCCUUGUGUCAGUCUACACUCCAGAAGUCACUUCGGAGUUUGGAUCUCAGCAAGAACAAAAUUAAGGCUCUUCCUGUGCAGUUUUGUCAGCUCCGAGAACUGACAGAUUUAAAACUUGAUGAUAAUGAAUUGAUUCGAUUUCCUUUCAAGAUAGGACAACUGACAAACCUGCGAUUUUUGUCAGCAGCUCAAAAUAAGCUUCCAUUUUUGCCUAGUGAAUUUAAAAAUUUAUCUCUCGAGUACUUGGAUCUUUUUGGAAAUACUUUUGAACAACCAGCAGUUCUUCCAGUUAUAAUGCUGCAAACGCCAUUAACUUUAUUGGAAUCUUCUGCACGCACCAUAUUGCAUAAUAGGUAAGACUUUAAUAAUUAAUAGUCAUAGAAUGUGUUACCUCUGACAGCAUCCUAGUGUUCUCAUCAUGCUCAGAGUAAUAGUCAAAGUCUUUAGCAUAGCUUAGGAUGCCGUGCACAGUCUGACCCCUUGCUGCUCCUUACCUCUGCUUGGAGUGCUUUUCCUCCAGAAAGUCUCAUAGCUCACUUUCUCAUUUCAUUCAGUUCUCUGCCCAGGUGGCACCCCAGAAGGGUCUUUCCUAACUACCCUAUCUAAACUUUUAUCCCCCCACCCUCUUACAUUGCUUGAUUAUUUUUUGUCAUAGAAUUUGUUACCUGGCAUUUGCACAUUUUUUAACACUUGUUUUCUGUCAAAUUUUCCCAAUAGAAUGAAAGAUCCAUGAGGGCAUGAACUUUGUCUUAUUCUCCACUAUUGCCCUAGGGUCUAAAAUGUGAUACUCCUUGCUCCUGUCAUAUGUUAGGCACCCAAUAAAUAUUUGAAUGAAUAAAUGGCAUUGCUUCUCAAACUAUGAUGCCCUGACCAGCAGCAGCAGCAUCACCUAGGGACUUGUUAGACAUGCAAGUUCUUGAGCUCCACCCCACACCUGCUGAAUCAGAAACUCUUAGGGUGGGGACCAGCUAUCUGUUUUAAUAAGUCCUCCGGGUAGUUCUGAGGCACUCUAAAAUUUGAGAACUCCAAUCUGGCUUUCUAGCUUAGUGGUAAAGUGUGGUCUUUGGAGACAGACUUGGGUUAGAUUCCUGGCUUCACCCCAUAGUGUGGCUUUAGCAAGUUAUUUAACCUCUUUGCCUCAGUUUUCUCAUCUGUGAAACAGGAACAGUAAUACCCACUUUACAGAGUUGUGAAGAUGAAUGAGGUAAUGUAAUGCCCAAGCACUUGGCAUACAGUAGGAUUCAGCAGCUGUCGGUUCUCUUCCCCUUGUCUUUGAAUGCUAACUGCAGUUCGUUUCAUGAGACACCGAACUCCCAAGU